AUGGAGAGCGCCAAGCUCAGCCCCAUCAUCCGGGAUGUCUACGCAGCCACCGGCCGCGUCGGGCAGUACGUGCUGUGCCGCUGGACCGAUGGGCUCUAUUACCUCGGGAAGAUCAAAAGGGUGAGCAGCUCCAAGCAGAGCUGCCUCGUCACAUUCGAGGACAACUCCAAGUACUGGGUCCUCUGGAAGGACAUCCAGCAUGGUGAGCGCUGCCCCAAGGGGGGUGCCCUGAAGAAGGGAGCCAUCGCCAGGACACUGCAAGCUGUCAAGAUGGUGCUGUCCUACAACCCCGACGUGCUGGAGUGGGACUCCCCGCACCGCACCAACCAGCAGCAGUGCUACUGCUACUGCGGGGGCCCUGGCGAGUGGUACCUGAAGAUGCUGCAGUGCCACCGCUGCCGGCAGUGGUUCCACGAAGCCUGCACCCAGUGCCUCAGCGACCCCAUGAUGUUUGGAGACAGGUUCUAUGUAUUUUUCUGCUCCGUGUGCAACCAGGGACCUGAGUACAUCAAGCGCCUGCCCUUGAGAUGGGUGGAUGUUGUCCAUCUCGCCCUCUACAACCUGGGUGUACAGAGCAAGAAGAAGUACUUUGACUUUGAGGAGAUCUUGGCCUUUGUGAACCACCACUGGGAUCCACUGCAGCUCGGGAAGCCGCCUGCCCCCCCGCUUUGCAGCCCCCUCCCGCGGCAGCUCCAGCAGCAGAGGCGGCGAGCGGCGCGGCGCAGGAGGGCCAAGUUCCUGCUGGAAGAUGCCAUUCCCAGCAGCGACUUCACCUCUGCCUGGAGCACCAACCACCACCUGGCCAGCAUCUUUGACUUCACACUGGAUGAAAUUCAGAGCCUGAAAAGUGCCAGCUCGGGACAGACUUUCCUAUCGGAUGUGGACUCCACGGAUGCCGCCAGCACCUCAGGCUCAGCCACCACCAGCCUCUCCUAUGAGUCCAGGUGA